AUGCAUAAAUUAAUGUCUGCGCUCUGUCCGGAUGACAGCACUGACUGCGACUCGCCUUAUCACCGGCAGGUUCGUCUGCUGGCGGCUUUCAUGCCGUCGGGUGGAGCUGUGCCUCCACUUAAGGUUGAGGAACUGGGUGGUAUAGUUAAGGCCUUGCCCAACACGGCUCCGGGACUCGAUGGAGUGAGUGCGAGAAUCGUGAGGAAUGUGUGGAUUGCGGCACCGAGGGAAUUUCACUCGGUGUAUGCCAAGUGUGUGGAAGAGGGGGUUUUCCCCAAUGUAUGGAAGAACGGAAGACUGAUUGUCAUUCCCAAGGGUAAUGACAAGCCGCUCACCGACGUCAAGGCAUACCGUCCAAUAACGCUCCUCCCUGUUUUGGGAAAAUUAUUGGAACGAGUAAUUUUAAGAUGUGCUCUCGCGAUUAGCCGCGGGAUAUCCGAGUACCAGCAUGGAUUUUCUCCGGGGCGGUCUACAGUAACAGCGCUGCGUGUACUGCUCAGCACGGCAAGGUAUUCUCAGGCAUGCUACGUGCAAGCAAUAUUCUUAGAUAUCUCCGGCGUCUUCGACAAUGCCUGGUGGCCGAUGAUGGUCAAGGCCAAAAGGGGUGGAUGUCCACCCAACAUUUAUAGAAUGUUGGUGGACUACUUCACCUCCAGGCGUGUGGGCCUCUACAUCGGAGACCGGGUAGAGUGGAAGACGUCGACCAUGGGAUGUCCUCAAGGCUCCGUGCUGGGCCCAACACUGUGGAAUGUGCUGAUGGACGACCUGCUCCGACUCCCUCUGCCCGAGGGAGUAGCCAUGACUGCCUAUGCCGAUGAUGUUACAAUCUUGAUUGAAUCGGGUACGAGAGCGGGUAUCGAAUCCAGGGCCAGAGUCACUCUGGACCUUGUACGGGAGUGGGGGCUAAGGAAUCGACUGGAGUUUUCCUCCUCAAAGUCGACCACCAUGACUGUUAGAGGGAAACUUCAGCGCCCCCCCCCCCCUUUAUUAAACUUGGUGGGGAAUCUAUUAAGACAGUGA